GUUGGCUAGGGGAGUGUAUCGGAGAAGUCAAACAUUUGUUAUAGUUUUAGUCAUAUUUUGUUACCAUGUCUGUACGUUUAGCUGCUUUUUGACGGUGGAUAGGCCGCGUUUCCAUGGUGGCUGUUACCACAGCACAGGCGAUUCCAAGAUGGCUAAACUGAAAACUUAAGGAGAAAACUUUGAGCAAGGAGUUGGGAGUCUUUUCCAAAACUUUCCCUGUUAUCACCAUUAACAGCAACGCCACCAUGGCAUACUCUACUUCUGUUUCGAUUUGGUCAUUUGUUUUUAGUGUUUACUUCGGCGUGUCCAAGUGUUACUUUGCUAUACCACUUAAAAUAUACACAGGGAGAUACAAUGUGUCCUCUGAUGUGGUUUUGACUCAGCGAGUCGUGUUAACGUCUGAUGGAAACGGCCUAUCGUUGGCCUCUGACCCGACUGGUACCGUGAACUUUCUGGACAUGAUACAUAACUUGGAAGGGGACUCUGGAAGAGGCUACUACAUAGAAAUGUCAAUUGGUACACCUGGUCAAAAGGUGAACAUCCUGGUGGAUACAGGCAGCAGUAACUUUGCCGUGGCUGCGGCUCCACACCCAUUCAUUACUCACUACUUCAACACUGCGCUCUCCAGUACCUACCAGUCAGUUGGCCGGACUGUGGCUGUCAGGUACACCCAGGGUAACUGGGAAGGUGAACUGGGCGUUGACCGUGUCUCCAUCCCCAAAGGCCUAAAUGGGACCGUCAUCAUCAACAUAGCUGCCAUCCUGUCAUCUGACGGCUUCUUCCUUCCUGGGGUUAACUGGCAGGGCAUCCUGGGACUGGCCUAUCCCAUGCUGGCACGGCCUGACUCAUCCGUGGAGCCCUUCUUCAACUCCUUGGUGCAACAGAUGGGAAUUCCUGACAUCUUUUCCCUCCAAAUGUGUGGUGCUGGACUGUCAGCCAGCAGCACAGCUGACCCCGCAGGAGGCAGUCUUAUCAUGGGAGGGACUGAACCAACUCUGUAUCGGGGGUCACUGUGGUACACCCCUAUAGUAGAGGAGUGGUACUACCAAGUGGAGGUUUUGAAGCUGGAGGUUGGCGACCAAAAUCUGGACCUGGACUGCAGAGAGUAUAACAUGGAUAAAGCUAUAGUUGACAGUGGUACGACACUGCUGCGUCUUCCUGUCAAUGUCUUCAAUGCGGUGGUAGAAGCCAUCACACGCAGCUCUCUGAUCCAGGACUUUUCUUCAGGGUUCUGGGAUGGCAGCAAGCUUGCAUGCUGGAUGAAGGGAGAGACCCCCUGGAUGUUUUUCCCCAAGCUGUCCAUCUUCCUAAGGGCCACGAACACCAGCCAGUCCUUCCGUAUCACCAUCCUGCCUCAGCUGUACAUCCAGCCAAUCACAGAUGUGGACGGCACGCUGGACUGCUUCCGUUUUGGAUUGUCUUCGUCAGCUAAUGGCCUGGUGAUUGGCGCUACAGUUAUGGAAGGCUUCUACGUGGUGUUUGACCGGGCCCAGCGGAGACUGGGCUUUGCACUCAGUAACUGUGCAGUAAGCGGUGAAGUGGCUCUUUCAGAGAUCGCAGGGCCCUUCUCAGCAGCAGACGUGGCGGCCAACUGCUCUGCCGGGGUGCUGAAGGGGCCUCUUCUAUGGGUGAUCUCCUACGCCCUGAUGGCGGUCUGCGCAGUGGUCCUCAUCAUCCUGUUACUCCUACUGGUCCUGCCCUGCCGAAACAGAAAUCGCUCCGGGGAGAUAACCGACGAGUCUUCUCUGGUCCGCCACCGCAUCAAGUGACUGAGAGGAAACAGAAAGGCGGGCAGGGUGAACAGGCAGGAGGACAGCGUGCAGAGCGCAUCAACUGCGGUGGAGAAAGGGGUGAGGCUCAACUUGCACGCAACAGUGACCUCUGAAUGUCUGACUGACUCUAGUCUGCAUUCAUCAGCUUGGCCCAUGGAGCUAGACACAGGCAGAUCAACUGCCUCUUGACAGAAAAUCCACCCCAAAAACACUCUUACAAACAGCUGUUGGCUCUUUCUUAUUCUCACUGAUGAUUGUUCAUACCAUGUCAUAUGUGACACAGAGGAAGACGUCCAGCAUAGAAGAAAAAGAACAGAUGCCAUGUAGCUACACGGCAGUUUUCAGUAAUAGGUAUGAAUUGUAAAGACUCAUUCUCUUUAGGGCUGUCAAAGAUAUUCUAAGAGAUGUAUGACAUCACAAACAGAAGGGUGAACCCACAAAUUAAACACUGUAUCACAAAAUAAACACUAAACAUCACACCAGCAAUGACGUAUAACCCUCGAUAUUUGCUAAGGGUGGAAUGACUUCUUUACAGACAAGCAAAGUGUGAGCAGGUGGGGGGGGGGGGGGGACAUAAAACAGUGAGGGUCAACAACAAUCAUUGGUGCAUUCUUGAACAAUUUAAAAGUUACAGAUUUUAUUUCCAGGCAAAACUGUGUAUUAUUUUCUUAAGGCAUGUAACCUUUUAAAAUGUGCCUUUACAGUCUGUGAUCAGUGAAGGAAUGUUUUUUCGUGCUUUCUUAUACUUGGAAGUUGAAACGAAUGCCUGUGUAUGUUGAAGUUAAGGGGAAAAGCUGCUGAAACAAUCACUGUUAAUAGGAAGAAUAUUACUAGAGGUUAAACACAUGUUUACAGUGCCUGUAGUGCCUUUAAGUCUCAGCUCAGUGCUAAUACAAACUGAUAUACAGCAGCAGCAGUUUGAGACUUACUUACUCUGCUGAAUUGCACUUUGUUUCAAGCGUAAUAUAAAGCUGAAGAUCAAUAUUUCUCGAUCUGUUAUGCAAUUUGUGGUAUUAAUGUAAUUUUACUAAUUCUGUAUACGUAUAAGUUUAUAUUUAAAUCUCUUUGAAUGUGAUUGUAUUAUUCAUUUUUUUUGCUUUUUAGACAGUAGAUGUAGGGUACAUAAUUUACACAAACACUAAAUUAAAAGCCAAAGAAUUUUGAAGCUAACACAAAUUAGAAACACGUGGACUACAGUUCUAGAAAAGUUGACCGACCAGUUAGCAUAAAAAAGAAUCAGUGACUCGAGCUGCACAAAGCAUGUCGCAGUCUAACAAAAUUUAAAGUUGUCAAAUUGAAGGUACACUUGAAUCUCAGACUGUUCACUUAAAAAUGUAUUUUUUUUUUCUGUGCCAAAAUUGUAUUUACUUGCUGGAUGCAAGAACUUGUGUCCAAAUCCAAGAUGUAAAUCAUUUUUAAAUUAAUAAAGAUUUUGUGAAAGGUUAAUCAGGAACAAAAGCUUUCUUUGGGAUUCAGUGGGAACGAGCUUGGUGUGGUUUGUGAGUGACAUUUUGUGUUGACACAUGGUAUCUUCAUUUACUGGCUCAAAUAUCACGAAUAAUUAAAUAAAACAUUUCAAUAAUAUUUACACAGACUAAAAUAAAGACUCUAUAUUUCACACCAAAACCAAAAGUGCUCCAACAGUGAUUUAAAUCAUGAAGACACAGAACAGUAACAUCAUGUAGGAAAUAAGUUCUGUAACUGGUAAAGAUAUUGUUGAGGCAUUGAAGUAAACUACACACUUUUCUCACAUGGGAAAUCUUUGGUCCUAUCAUCAGUCAUCUUGAUGCUUCUGUAAACAAAAAUAAAUGAACAAUUAG